AUGUAUAGUAAUAACCCACCACAGGCAUUGCGUCAGGCACCUAAUAUAAGAAGAGAGUUGGUCAAGAUUUCAAACGACCUGUCACGUCUACUCGAUGGCCUUACCUACUCAAACGUGCGCAUUACAGAACGCGAGACAAUGCGUAGAAGACAGAUUGUCGAACAACUAGUCACAAAGAAGAACAACCUAGCCUCAUCAUUCGAGGCCGCCAGUACAAACUCAAACAAUCAAGCAAGGAAUGAACUGAUAGGUAGCUCAAGUGGCAAACGAGCAUGGGGCAAGGAUACUGAACAGACACAGGGAAUGUCCAAUCAACAAAUAUUCGAUCAGAAUAAUCAGGCGAUGAAUGAUCAGGAUGUGGCACUGGAUUUACUAUCUGGCUCACUGAUGAAACAGAAGGUCCUAGCAACUACAAUGAACACAGAGAUAACCAAACAAAAUUUGAUGUUGGAUGAUAUUGAGGUGGGAGUGGAUAGGACUACUACCAACCUAUCGCAGACCACUUCAACAAUGGACACAUUACGUCGGAAUGCAAGCAGUUGUGGUCUAAUCAUGUGUAUAGUAUUGUUAAUUAUAGUUAUAAUAGUAUUGUUGGCAACAGACUCUGGAUGUAAGAUUUAUAAUGAUCCAAAGCAUUGUUAG